UGACUGACGUUGACUUUUCUGCCAAUCAUAUUGCUUUUAUGGCUGUUAUUCUUAUUAAAGAAUGGUGCGAUGCUAUGUCCAAGGAAAUUGACGCACUAGAGGCCAACCAUACAUGGGAUAUCACAGAUCUGCCUCAUGGGAAGAAUUCAAUCAAUAGAAAAUGGUUUUACAAACUGAAGUUUAAUUCUGAUGGAACUCUUGAGCGACACAAAGCCCGUUUGGUCGCUUUGGGCAAUCACCAGAAAUAAGGUACUGAUUUCAAAGAAUUGUUUGCUCCGGUUGCAAAGAUGGUAACCAUUAGAUCUAUGUUAGUUGUUUUUGCUGCAAAGGACUGUGAGGUGCAGCAAAUGGAUGUUCACAAUGUUUUUCUUCAUGACAAUCUCGAGGAAGAAGUGUAUAUGAAUUUGCCACCCGGUUUUAAAUGUUCUGAUCCUACCAAGGUUUGUUGUCUACGCAAGUAUUUAUACGGUCUCAAAAAAGCUCCACGUUGCUGGUUUGCUAAGUUGUCUACUGCUCUUCGUUAGUUUGGUUUUAUUCAGAGUUAUGCUGAUUAUUCUCUCUUCACUAUCAAGCAUGGUGACUCGAUCAUUCAUGUACUAGUUUAUGUUGAUUACUUCAUUGUUGCUGUAAAAUUAUCUUCUUGCCAUUGCUAAGUUUAAAGAACAAAUUCAUACUUUUUUCACAUGAAAGAUCUCGGUAACCUCAAGUAUUUUCUUGGUCUUGAUGUUUUGCGAGGUCCGGAUGGAUUCUGUCUUUCUCAACGUAAGUAUGCAUUGGAUAUUCUUGAAGAACCAGUCCUGAGCAGGGCCUUCGACAAUGGUCCCGCGUUUGACAGUCCUGAGCAGUAUCAUUGUAUGAUUGGACGUUUAAUCUACCUUACAAUCACCCGUCUUGAUCUUUGUUAUGCCGUUCACAUUCUUUCCCAAUUUAUGAAGCAGCCAAUUGUGGCUCAUUGGGAGGUUGUGCUUCGUCUUGUCAUUUAUCUCAAAGGAUCGCUAGUUCAAGGAAUCUUACUUGGCGUUCUCUCUAACUUGGCGUUCUCUCUCGGCUUAUGUCACUUAUUUGGGCUAUUCUCCUAUCUCCUAAAAAACCAAGAAGCAAAAGACUGUCUCAAGUUCUUCCACGCUGAGUAUCGGGCGAUGGCGCACGCUCUUAAGGAAAUCCAGUGGUUAAAAGCUCUUCUCAUCUAGGUGUUGGUCACACCGCUCCUGUUACUCUUCGUUGCGAUAACCAGACGGCAAUCCAUAUUGCGGCCAAUCCUGUCUUCCAUGAGCAUACGAAACACAUCGAAUCGGAUUGUCAUCAAGUUCGUGAUGCUGUUCUUGCUAAACUUAUUACUACGGAGCACAUUUCUACUAAAGAACAGGUUGUUGAUCUACUUACUAAAGCUCUUCCAACACCAACAUUUGAAUAACUUUUGUCCAUGUUGGGCGUUAUUGAUUACGUACCAUCAACGUGAGGGGAGUAAUAGCCUAGAAAAUAUGUAAAUAUUCUAUAAAGUCUAUAUUAUUAUUAGGAUUUAGUCUUAUCAUGUAUAGGCAAC